GCCGUCACUUCCGCCUUCACUUCCGGCGGCGCUUCCGGGUGCGAUGGACCCCGAGUUCGACGAUGUGGUGGCGGUGGAGGAUCUGAUGGCGCUGGAGCGUCGCUACGCGGCCGAGCUCCAGCAGGGGGCGCCGUCCCGGCAGUGCCGCUUCGAGUACGGCUGGGGCCUGGUGCGGAGCCGGUACCGGGAGGACACGGCCCGAGGGGUGGCGCUGCUCUCCGAGCUGCUGCCCGAGACCCCCCCGGAGGAGCAGCGAGACGUCCUGUUCUACCUGGCCCUGGGCUGCUACCGGCUCAAGGAGUACGAGCGCGCCCUGGAGCACCUCGAGCGCCUCCUGGUGGCCGAGCCGCAGAACGCGCAGGUGCUGAGACUGCGGAGCCGCGUCCGGAGCCGCCUGAGGAGGGACGGCCUGGUGGGCGCGGCCAUCGUUGGGGGCGUGGUCAUGGGCGUGGCCGGGCUGCUGGGCGUGGCCAUCGCGCGCGCCCGGAACUGACCACGCCCCCCCCUCCCCGGUGAGGGGGCGGGGCCUGCGCGAUGACGCCGCGGAGAUUACGUCAGGGUGCGGCGGAGUGGCGUCAUGGCCCGCGGUGACGUCAUGGCUCGCGGUGACGUCAUGAUUCGCGUUGACGUCAGAGCCGCCCCUCCCCCCCAGUGCCUUGGGGUGUCCCCCAACCCCUCCCCCUUUCCCCCCCCCCUCCCCGAUGUAAAUAAACCUGAUUGGGCGCCGG